AUGACGCCGGAACGCUGGAGAACUUUUGACAAGCAGCAGUGCCACAUCUGCGGUGAUGUGAAGCCUUUAGCCCAUGCGUGCGCUCUUUCAGAUGCCUUGGAGCCUUCGGCGACGGAGCUUGUGGGAGAAGCGGCGGAGGAGAUGCAGGAGGUAACAGCUGAAGGAUUGGCGAGACUGGAGCAAUCGCGGCAAGAACAGAAGAAAGAACGAGAAGCGAAGCACUCACGUGAUCUGAAACUAGCAAUUUUGAUAUUUGGCUCUCGUUGGCAAGAUUUCCGACUGCGCUCGCACUUGCGAGCUGCCUUGAGGCGUGCCAAGUCCAACUUUGACUUCAAAUCCAGUUUCGAGUGGCUCUUCGUUAUGGCUCAGUUGCCUGCGGACUGGAGCUUGCACUUAGCACUUCGAGAGACCCUGCUGCGCAGAGACCUGGUAACGCUGGGUCCUGCUCGGAUCCCUCGUCAAAGCCAAGCUGCAAAGGCUCGGCCUACGCGGAGUACACACAGGACGCUAGAGGACGAGCGCGGUGGGCACCGUGGCUGCUACCGCUAUGAGGAGGCCUGGCGCUUGGUUGAAGAGCGAUGGAUGGGAGUGGACUUCGUUCUUCUCUUGGAUCACCGUUCCUACGUCAACGAGUCUCUGUUCUCAGGGCCGAAGAGGGGCUAUCUCUGGCGUCGUCGAGCGCCGGUCUUUGCCCACGGUUUGGGCAUCGUUCUUUCCGCCGAUGUGGCGCGCUUUCUGGCAGAAAUGGCAGAGAAGGCUGGUGGCCUGUCACAGGUAGAUCUUCCGGCAGAUGUGGCCCUGGGCCAGUGGGUGCAGCUUCUUGAAGACCUGGAGUACGCAUCUGCUGAGGACUUCACGGAAUCAUUCGCACACACGGAGGCGCUAGCAACGAUGACUGUGGUUUGGCCCAUGACGCCAGCGCGUUGGCGAUCAUACAGAAAUGCCACAAGCCAGGAAGAGCCUUACCACUUUGACAUGGGGGUUGCCGGCCAAGAUAAGGCAGAAAGCCCAGAUUUGGACUGUUGGAAAAGCAUGGGUGGGCGCCCUGAAGCUUGGUAUCUGGUCUGCUGCGACAUGAAUUGGUCUGGAUGCUGGGGUGGUGACUUCACUUCAGAGAUUUGCUGCCAGCAAGUUCCAGGCACCAAGGAUGUUGCCGCAGCAGACCCCAACCAUCUCAGGAAGUUCUUGGACUUCAGCGAUGAGGAGUUUGCAUUGUUCCUACAAGCACUAGGGUCCAAUUUUACAGAACAACAAGCUGGGAGAGGUCGAUUCCGAUGCCUGUCUCCAAUGGAUUGUGCCAAGGAGGGCUUUGCCAGGUUCUAUCAGGCCUCCUGGGAUGCAGGGAUUCUUCCACUACGCCAUCCCUGGUUUGUGGACAUGGAAGAUCACCUCAUUGGCGUCAUUUGGAAGAUGCGUGCAGAGAAUCGAGGCGCCCAUCCUGCCGGACACGAGCACACCUUCGAGCGCUUGCAGAUGGCCAAAUUCCUCCGCCACGUUUCCAAGAAGAUCUCGCCCGAUCAGAUUCCACGGGAAGAGGGCCCACAAGGGCUACGGCGUUGUUUGGAAUGGGACUCCGGUGCAUCCAGCCGGUUUUUCUUUGCCAAGCACUGUGACAUGACUGAUGUCCUUACUUAUUUCGGCGAUGGGCAUGCUGACAUCCGUGUACACACGGACAGUGGCAAGCGAGAUUAUUUUCUUGACAUUCACAUCGCCGACAACGUGGUCCCUGAGAACUCCACCGGAAUAGUGGUUUGUUCGCAGGUGUUUGAGCACUUGUUGAAGCCCUGGCUGGCAAUGAAGCAGCUUUUCCGGCUCCUGGGUCCAGGUGGGCUGCUGGCCUGGUCUGCGCCACUCUUCAGCCAGAUCCAUGGCUCGCCUCAAGAUUACUGGCGCUUCACUCCCGAUGGGGCCAGGACGCUGGCCGAGGACGCUGGGUUUGAGGUUUUAGAGAUCUGGGCGCCCGGCACCUUGCGAGAGCUUGCUGGAUACCUCUUAGGCCUUACAGCGCCGUACUGGAACGAGGAGGCCAUCAUGGGUGGUACCUCCCACUGGCCAUUGCAGGUAUACAUGUUGGCUCGCAAGCCGCUGUAG